AUGUCGAAUCCAGAGGCCAGCAGGGUUUAUGAGGUCAUUGUGGACUCAGUAGUGAAUGAAGUGCGGGAAGAUUUUGAAAACGCGGGAAUCGACGAACAGACAUUGCAGGAUUUGAAAAGAGUGUGGCAGUUGAAGCUUUCCGAAACUAGGGUAGCCAAUUUUAGCUGGGAUCCUCAGGAAAAGAGUUUUCAACAACCGAUAGCCAGCGUGGGGAAUGGCAGUGAUUUCUUGGGGAGCGAAAAUAAUGCUGUACCCUCAGAAUACUCUCUGAACAAUGAGUCGCAGGGCUUAGUUUUACCAGGGUUCUCUAAUGACGAUUCAAACAAAAUCGAUACUACAUCGUCAGAGCAACGAUCGCAGGAAAAGAUGAAUGUGAAUGGAGACGAUGGAGCGGAGGUCAAGGAUGACGAAGAAGAACAAUAUGUGAAGAAAGAGACAGAGGGGAAGUCGGGAGGUUCACAGGAAAUUGAAUUAUCGCUGUCCUAUAACAACGGGCAAGAAGCUGAUAUCCUAAAACAGGAGGCUAAAAAGGCCAAGAGAAGUGCACUGCUUGAUACAGACGAAGUUGGAUCGGAAUUGGACGACUCUGAUGACGAUUACCUGAUUUCCGAGGGUGAAGAAGAUGGACCUGACGAGAAUCUGAUGCUAUGCCUAUACGAUAAAGUGACAAGGACUAAAGCGCGUUGGAAAUGUAGUUUGAAGGAUGGGAUUGCGACGGUGAAUCGUAAGGACUAUACUUUCCAAAAAUCUCAAGUCGAAGCGGAAUGGGUAUGA